GACAAUUCGUUGUAGUUCAAGAUGAAUUUCCAAUAUUUAGGACUCUUCUUUUUCCUUUAAAAUGGUCUUAACAAAAUCGUAUCUGCGUUACGUCGAAGCUGGAAUCUUUGGCGUAGUGGGAAGUGCUAGAGCUAAUGUGUGUCUUGUUCAAAGUGGCGAGAAAAGACGUGAAAUUUGCCUCGCGAUUGUUCCCGCACUAGAAAAUGUAUAUAUUUGGGACGCUAGACUUGGCGAAAAAGUGAAUGUCUUACAAGGUAACAAGAGCGAAGUGACAUGUCUCUGCCUCAGUCCUGACUCUGAACAUCUUGCUGUUGGGUAUGGUGAUGGUGUCAUCAGAAUUUGGAAUAUAAAUAAUGGUACAUCCUCAGUGACAUUUAGACUUAAAGGUCAUAAAGGAAUGUACAAAGAUGAUAGAACAGAAAGACGCGAAGACACGAGAAAACGAAAGACAACAACGCAAUCUAGCGAGGAUGGUGUAGGAGAAAUAGAGGAAUUCCUUUCGUGUACAAUGAUUGGCUCUGUCAUGAGAAGCUCAACUGAUCGCGUAGUGACGCUGUAUUGCGAUCUUUCACGAACUUAUAUUGGUUGUCAUGGUGCUAAUUCUACGUUAGAAAUGUUUCGUCUUGCAUCAGAAGACGAAAUAAAAAAACGCUUGGCAAAAAGACGAAAAAAGAUUUUAAAGAAGCAAAGAUCACAAGGAUUGGAAGCCGACGAGCUGACGGUUUCUGAAAACGUCUUAGCCACCGUCGAAGACGAGAUUAUAAAAUUACCCGAUGUUAAAACGACCUCAAAGAUAAGGUCAUUUGACUUUGCAUUGAAUUCAAAUAAUGAUCUAAAGAUUUCAUUAUUACUACACAACAACAGCGUAGAGUUUCAUGUCUUCAAUGAAGAAAAGAAAGAUUCAACUAAUAUACUUUCCAUAAAGACACCUGGUCAUCGUAGUGAUGUAAGGACUUUGUCAUUCAAUUCUGACGAUUCCUGCAUCCUCUCUGGCGCAGCUGAAAGUGUUAAAUUGUGGAACAGGAAAAUAAACAGAUUUUUAAAAUCGACUCAGAAAUGCAUCCGAACAAUGUCUUCUGGUUAUUGUCUAAGUUCGCUCUUUGUACCUGGUGACAGACACGUUGUUGUUGGUACUAAGGCUGGCAAACUCGAAAUAUUUGACGUUUCGUCUGGUUCAUUGCUUGAAACUGUGGACGCACACGAUGGUGCUAUUUGGUCGUUGUGUUUAGCUCCCGAUAAUACGCUAUUCGCCUCAGGAAGUGGUGACAAGGAUGUAAAAUUUUGGGAAUUUGAUUUGAUUACGGAUGAGAACUAUUCAACGACCAGUCAAAGAUUAAGUAUUUGUCAUGCGCGAACAUUAAAGAUGAAUGAUGACGUAAUGUGUGUAAAGUUCAGUCUAAAUCAAAAGUUUAUUGCCGUGGCUUUGCUUGAUUUUACAAUGAAAAUUUUCUUCACUGAUACAUUGAAGUUCUUCCUAUCCCUCUAUGGUCAUAAAUUACCUGUUGUUACCAUGGAUAUAUCAACGGAUAACGUUCUCCUCGUUUCUGGUGGCGUUGACAAGAACAUUAAGAUUUGGGGUUUGGAUUUUGGUGAUUGUCGAAAAUCAAUAUUCGCCCAUGAUGACAGUGUCAUGGCCGUGAAGUUCGUGCCAAAAACUCAUUAUUUCUUCAGUGCAAGUAAAGAUAAAACGAUAAAAUAUUGGGACGCUGACAGAUUUCUUCAUGUUACGACCUUAGAAGGUCAUCAUUCAGAAAUAUGGAGUCUUGCAAUCAGCCAUGACGGCGAGUUUGUUAUCAGUGGGUCACAUGAUAAAUCAUUAAGACUUUGGGAACGAACGGACGAACCGUUGUUUGUCGAAGAGGAGAGAGAUGGUACUCUACAUAGAUCUGUUGCUGGAGCUACAAAAAUAUGCGAGAGAGAAGCAAAUUACGAAGAAAGCGCCGUAACAGGAGUUGAAACAAUUAUUCCAGGUGAACAAGACACAGAAGCUGUUAAAGCUGGCAAGAAAACUAUCGAGACGAUCAAAGGAGCUGAAAGAAUCAUGGAGGCCAUUGAAUUGUAUAAGGAAGAAAGACAGAAAGAACUUGAACAUAAAGCGAGUCAAGUGACAAAAGACAAAACGCUUCCAAAGCGCGCCAUUCAUCCGAUUCUUGCUGCCCUUGGUAAUGUCAGUCUUGUGCAGUAUGUACUUCUAGUGGUGAAAAAAGUAAAGUCAAGCGAACUUGAAGAAUCAUUGCUUGUGUUACCGUUUGACUAUGUUAUUGAUGUACUGAAACUUCUUCUUGAGUGGAUUAAGAAUGGUUGGGAAACAGAGUUAAGUUGUCGAUGUCUGUUCUUUCUGCUGCGAAUACAUCACAAUAAGAUCAUAUCCACUCCUGAACUACUGCCAGUAAUAGACUCUAUCAGAUCCCAUUGUCGUAGCCGAGUUCGCGAAAUGAAGGAUACUGUUGGAUUCAAUUUGGCGGGACUGCAGUUUAUUCAAAGACAGCUUGAGAAUCGUGACGUCACCUUCUAUUUCGAAACACGCGAGAGACUGGGACAAAUGCGAAAAAAGAAGAAGACAAUUGUGAGGAAAUUUCGAUGAAGCUCCCAGCUACAUAAAUAAUCUUACAGCAAACUGAUUUCAGAAAAGUUAAAUAUAAAUGAAAGUGAGAUCAUCAAAUUCAACAUCACAACUAUCGGUGAAUACCUCCAUCGAAUGAAAAUAUAGAAUUAAUAUAAGUUAUUACAUUACGUAAAUUGCAUAUUUCCCAGUUAUAAAAAAGUAGAGUGUCACAAAAAUUAAGGGAGUAAUUCCAACUAUAAACAGGAAGAAAUAAUGAAUCGAUUAACAAUUAUCAAGCAAUUCACCAUCUACAAUAUUUAUAAACAAAAAAUGUAUUUUAUGAGUUACCAAAAUGAAUACAGAAAAAACUGCAUCCUCAUAAGGCAAAGCAGUCUUCUGGUUAUUUCAGCAUUCAACAAAAGGGAUGUAAAAUUGUUAUGGUUCUUCUAAGAUAUGGAUUUACUCUCAUGAAAAUGACCCAACAAACACUUCACUCAUUUUAAGGAGAUUUACAACUUCAGACUAUAUAGAUUGCAAACGUACUAAUCUCAUAUACAAUGUAAAAGUUCCAUACAAGUUUCUUAUAGUUAACAGAGAAAUUGUUCCAGUAAAUAAAUGACUAUUGAAAACUUGAAAAUAGAAAUGUUUGUAUUGAAUAUUAUCAAGAAUAUAUUUAAACCUUAUUUAUAUACAACUGUUGUUGUUUG